GUGCCAUUUCUUCCGUCCGAAACGACAUCGCAUCAGCCGAGUGUUACGGUUCUGUCUACGUCCUGGUUUUCAUCGAACCCGUUGUCUCCCUUUUUCCCUCUCGCUCGCUCUCUCGCUCUCUACAGUUAGAUCUCUGUGUGGGGACCUGGGGAAGAGAAUACCGAGUGCAGUGAGGCGACAAGAGGGAAAAGAAUAAAGAAAAGGAAGAGAAGAUGGCAGCGGCGUCGUUUAGGUGGAUAUUACAGCUGCACAGGGACGUGCCAAAAGCAGCUAGCUUUUACUCUCAGGGACUCGACUUCACUGUCAACGUUUGCACUCUUCGCUGGGCCGAGCUCCAGUCGGGUCCUCUCAAGCUUGCCCUUAUGCAAUCACCAAAUGAACAUGUCAUGCAGACAGGAUGCGCUUCGCUACUAUCAUUCACAGUGACCGACAUCAACAAUACAGUGACAAAAUUAAUGGCAUUAGGUGCAGAACUAGAUGGUCCCAUCAAAUAUGAAAUCCAUGGGAAGGUAGAAACUUCCUCUACUGUAGAUAUUUUCAGAGUGAAUUUUUCCUCCAGAGUUGGUACUCAAAAUAUCAGAGUUUUGCAUGAUUUGCUUGUAAUCAGGUUGCAGCCAUGCGAUGCGUUGAUGGUCACAUGCUAGGCCUCUAUGAACCUGCAUAGCACUCCAAACUCCAAA